AAGUAUCCGGAAGUGCGCCUGGCAUAUUCCGGUGUCAAAUGUCUACUGGCCUUACAGCACGCCCAUAACCCUUCCUUUAAAAAACUACAUUGAUGCUUUUUACUGAAUUUAUUUUAAAGAUAUAAUGGAUGCCCAGGGAAGAAAAGUUAUUGUAUGUGACAAUGGAACUGGGGUGAGUAACACAAUAUUAAAAGUAAUUAAAAAAACUAUCUGCGUUUAGUAAGUAAACCCGGAAGUUAACUGAAAACGGUGGAUCAAAUGAAUUAAAAAAUUUUGAAGGAAAAAUCAUAGUAUAGGAUCACUCAAUCAGAAUGAUAUUGAAAACAGAUCAGUGUGAAUUAUAGUAUUAUAUUAAAACAAAAUAAAACUUAUCCUCUUAGCAAAGAAUUGCUGAAACAGCAAUUGAGGCAACUGAACUAUCUCUUUUCAUGACAUUGACAUUGUUUACUUUUUUUUGAGAAGUAGAUUACUCAGAGUAGGUUCUUGUAUGACUAACUGAACUCACUAGAAUUUCUGUUUGCCUAUCCAGGGGAUAAAUUACACCCCUGAUUUUGAUAGAAAUUUUGGGUUUAAGAAAGUGCAACCUGGCCAACCUAAAUGUGAACGGUACAUAUGAAACUCCAUUCUGGUGCUAUAAAAAGAAAGCCUCCAAAGGGUAGCUACUUAAAAUUGUUUCAAUUGUUGUUGUAAUAGUAAUAGACUCAAUAGUCAAAGUCAAGAGUUAUGUACUUUGGUAAAGCAAGGGAAAUUACUAGGUAGUCUGUGCUGUAAAAUCCGAGUUUAAAUAUUUUAUUUUUAUUAAAGAAAAGGCUGAUGUUGCAUUUGUUGGGUAGGGGGAGACGUGCCCAGUGCAUAUUACGCAAUGGGCAGUUUGCGAUGCUGCCAUCCAAACAUAUUAGGGAUUAAUCGUUGAAAAAAAUUGUAAUCAAUUAUAAAAUGUAUAUAGUUGAAACUUUUGUUUUACAUUAUUAUUUAUUUGCAUGAUACAUAUAUUGAUCAUUAUGAUUUUAAUAUUUUUACUGCUAAUCAACAAAACUUAAUGUCAGUUACAAAAUUAAACAUAUUGUUGACCAUCGCUCACAUAUUGCAUAUGCGAGAACACCAAAGAUGAAGAGAGAGGAGAACAAUACGCAGUCUCAGCUUCUUUUUUUUUGUUUUUGUUAAUACCUGACAGCACAGCGCAAUUGCAUACUUUUAUCAGAUAUUUCUAUAGAUUUAUUUAUAAUUUGGUUACAACAGCUUGUUGUCUGCAAGAGGGUGUAAACAGGAAAUUUUUAUUGUCACAAUAACAAAUUGAGCUCUGAGAAGCCGCCAUUAUUUAUAGGACUCAAUGCGUCCCAUCCAGUCACUUUUUAAAGAGUAAGUGUUUUUGGGAUAUUGCAUUUCGUUAAAAUUCGUUGUCUCCUUCAGUUUCAGUACUUUCACUUUGGAAGACAUCUUGACCUACAUUUCCAUCCAUCAACCUUUUUUUUCUUUCUUUUUUCAAUGUACCCUAUUUUUUUUUAAUUUGUAGGUACAUAUAGGUACAUAUAAGGGAUCUUUCCAUAAUAAAUGUUUGAGGGAAAAAAAAUAAACCGUUUUUUCAGAUUAAAUCUCAUGGAGAAUUAUAUAUUGAUCUAUAUUUGUGCAAAUUCUCAUUGAGGUAGGUCGUUUCUGGCUUUCGUUUUACUUGUCCAGCAUCCCAAAGGACUUAAUCACUUGACCAUCAUUUAGCAUCCAGACUUCAUUGUGAUACAUAGCUCAGUGUUUAUAUAAAUAAUAAACCUGUACAUUUGCAUGUAGUUUACCUGUCGGUAGGGUCCUUAGCACAUUUUGGCAGAUUUCAAGUUAUGUCGCCAUUGAAAAAUGCAACCCCUCCGUAAAAUGAGGAACUCCCAUAUUUAACAGUUGAGUGUUGAAAAAUGUACCCCAUUAACUAUUUAAAAAACUAUAAUUGUAAUACAAUAAAAUACUGUUUACACCAUAGGAGAGGUUGCAGACAAUGCCUAUUAGUAAAGUAAUUUUUUAUUGCUUUUAUUCAGAUGGUUAAUAUUAAGAGGGAUAAUUUUUAGCUAUUUCUAAUAUUCAAUCACUUUUUUCUACUUUCAAAAACAUUAUUUACUUUAUAAAAUCAGUUUGUCAAAUGUGGAUAUGCUGGUUCAAAUUUUCCUGCACACAUUUUUCCAUCAUUGGUGGGAAGACCUAUCAUCAGAUCAACAACCAAAGUUGGAAACAUAGAAGUCAAGGUAAGAAAUGGUUGAAAGAGUAGCAGGAAAGUUAUUACAGACAAAAAUCUAUUGCGUUUCAAAAUGAAAUAAAAGCAAUUUUUUUUUUUUAAACGUAUAAGAUAUAGUAAAUUUCUUGAAUAAUAAAUGCACAGUUCUGGUAUUAUCAUUGCUGAUUUGUUUUAAUACUUGAUAAUCAGAAGAAAAUUAUUUUUUGUUAAAGCAUCUCCUUUAUAGUUAUGUUCAGGUUUUAGUCAGUAUUUGUCAGAAAAUACCUAAAGGCAAGAUUUCUUAUACAUUUAAUUUCAGGAUUUAAUGGUUGGUGAAGAAGCCAGUGAACUUCGCUCAAUGCUAGAAGUAAACUAUCCAAUGGAAAAUGGCAUUGUGAGGAAUUGGGAAGAUAUGACGCAUUUGUAUGACCAUACAUUUGGCAAGGAUAAGAUGAAUCUUGACACUAGAAAUACGCGUAUACUACUGACAGAGCCUCCUAUGAAUCCAACAAAGAAUAGGGAAAAAAUGAUUGAGGUAAAAGAGAUUUACUAUUGAACUAGAUUGGCCAAUGUAUUGCUCUAGAUGGGCCACCCUGUGUUUGAACAUUUGUUUUACCAUAUUGUAUUGAUUUUUUAUGUUAUACUGAGUUACUAUUGUAUUUGUGUUCAGAACAUUAUUAUUUACAUUGCGCUAAAGUUUUACAGUUUAAUUAAUUGGUGUUCAUAAAUGACUGUGCUUCAAAUUCAGCAUUGUUAUAAUCCUCUUCAUAUUCAAACAAUAACUUAAUUAAGUUUUUUUAAGAUUAGUUAUUUCAUUUCAUUAACAGUUGAUGUUUGAGAAAUAUGGUUUUCACAGUGUUCAUAUAGCUAUUCAAGCCGUUCUAACUCUUUAUGCCCAAGGUAUGUUUUGCUUCAUACUAGCAAUCUGUGAUGAGUUAAGAUGUUAAGAAAUCUUAGUCCAUUUAUGAAAUUGGGAUUUUUUGUAGAUAUUUGAGAUACUCGAUUCAAGUUCUCUUCAAAAUUAUUGUUGUUACAGUAUGGUCUGGAACAUUCAUUUUUUUUUUUAGCAAAGAAAAUAUUGACAAUAGGGCUUUUCAAGGUUAGUUUAGGGUUAAACAUGAAAUAAAACUGUUUAUUAUUUCAGGUUUGGUCACAGGAGUUGUAGUGGAUUCAGGUGAUGGUGUCACCCACUUUUGCCCUGUCUAUGAUGGCUUUUCUUUGCCUCAUCUGACACGUAGGUUAGAUAUAGCAGGUAGAGACAUUACCAGAUAUCUUAUUAAGGUAAGAAAUCAAGGUACUCUUUUUUGCUGAAGAUUGAUAUACACAAUUUUACAAUUAGUGAAAAGAACUUCACUUAAUUAUUUCACUAUGUAAUCUAAAACUUGUGAAAUCUAAAGGAUUCAUUGAGAUUUACUAAAUAAAUGCAUUUACAUCUUUAGUCAAAAUUGUUCAUAAUGUCACAAUAAGAAUUAAGUUAUGGUAGAGAGUUUGAACAUCUUGGUAUUAUUUUUUUAAUUUUCAGUUGUUAUUGCUGAGAGGGUAUGCUUUCAACCAUUCUGCUGAUUUUGAAACAGUCCGUAUGAUGAAGGAGAAAUUGUGCUAUGUUGCAUAUGAUAUAGAGUUGGAACAAAAACUUGCUAAUGACACAACUGUUUUAGUGGAGCCUUACACUGUAAGCAAUUUUAGUGAAUAAACCGUCUUUAAGUUUUUUGCCCCUCAAAAAUUUAGUAUAUUUUCAUUUUCCCAGACAUGAAAUUUAUAUGUUGAGGUCUAUUUAAACCAGCUCCCUGAUGGCCGUGUCAUCAAGGUUGGGGGAGAAAGAUUUGGAGCCCCAGAGGCACUCUUCCAGCCCCAUCUCAUCAAUGUUGAUAGUGUUGGUGUUGCUGAACUGCUCUUCAACACUAUUCAGGCAGCCGACAUGGACUUGAGAGCUGACUUCUAUAAGCACAUCGUCCUGUCUGGUGGUUCCACCAUGUACCCAGGACUGCCCAGCAGGCUUGAGAGAGAAAUAAAACAAUUGUAUUUGGAGCGGGUGUUAAAGGGAGACACCACUGCUUUGUCUGUGAGUACAAUGAAGCUUACAGACUGAAUUGGUGUGUGUAAAAGCAAUUUCAUGUUGUUUUUAUUUCACUUUAAUUAGUUCUUUAAUACGUAAAUAAUUUCAUUAACAGUGUUGUGUUUCAUUAUCAAAAUUGCAUGAAACAUUUCAUUAUUUACUGUAAAAUUGCAUGAAAAAUUUCAUUAUUUACUGUAAAAUUGCAUUAAAAAAGAAUUAUUAUGUUACAACAUGCCAGUCUUUUAUGGGUUAAAAGAUAAUUUGGAAAUCUUUAAAAAUUCCUUAACAUUCUUCAGCAGUGUAAAAUAAAAUCAUAAGUUUUUUUAAUCAAUUCAUUGGUGUUGCUUAUCGACAGUUAUUUAUUGCAAAUGAUUUUGAAAUAUAAAUCUAUUUGUUUCAGAAAUUCAAAAUUCGCAUUGAGGACCCACCUCGUAGAAAGCACAUGGUGUUCAUGGGCGGAUCUGUGUUAGCUGACAUCAUGAAGGAUAAAGAUGAGUUCUGGCUCUUGCGUUCUGAAUAUGAGGAAAAUGGCAUCCGUGUCCUUGAUAAGUUGCUGCGGCCUGCUGCAGUCUAGUUUUGCGUGGCAUUGUUUUCGAUUGGUCUAAAAAUGGUAAAUUGUCUUGAGGGUGGUCAAAGAUUGAGUAAUGGAUUGUUUUAAAAUGAUAUGAGAACACAAUAAGAAGGGGAGAGCAUAAAAACCUGAAAUUAUAAUAUAAAUGUAUUUUUUAAAUAACAUUAAGAUCUCCUCCCCAGCAUUAUCCACUUUUGUUUUUCAUGAAUUAAAAAAAAAAAUAAAUGCAUCUUCACUUACUCAAAGGGCCAUAAGUGAAAAUUAUGUAUGUUUGCUACAGUGUGGGAUGAUUUCUAGUUAUUCAAAAACAUACAUUUCCAUAAGCUGUGAAUAUGAGUGAAUACUUGGGAGUUUAUUUUUCUCAGCUUUGAGAUUUAUUUUUUUGUGUGUGAAAGCUAUUCAUGUUUUAAUGUUUAUUUUUUGUUAAUGGCUGUGUGUUGCUAAAGAUUCUGCUUAUGUUUAAAAUAAUUUUUCAUAGUCUUCAUAUGCAAAUACAAUAUUGAAAGUAGAGUCCUCUGUAACAUUAACUUCUUGACAUGUUUUAGCUGGAUGAUAAGACUAAGACCCUGAUCUAAAAUAUUGUGUCACUACCCUGUGAUUAUUGAAUUAAAUACUGGUGUUCUUGAAUUGAUAAGCUGUUUUAAGAGAAGAAUAUUUGUAUUGACUUAAAGUUUUAAUAAGGUAAUUUGAUAGUCUUCAUUCUUCUAAAAAAAGCUGGAGAAGAAAUUCAAUUUUGAUAAAUAAGUUUUAAAGAUUUAUUGAAUAUCAAUAGUUGGCUAGCUGCUCUUAAAAUUUUAGCUUAAUUUUUUUUUUAAGGAUAACAUUUUAUAUUCCCUGCUUUGUCAUCAAAGUUUUAAUAUUUAUUUUAGUGUUUAUUAGUGGGCUUUUUGAAAAUAUACAGAUAUUACUGUUCCUUAAAGAAAAUAUGUAGUGCAUUAAUUCAGUGCUUCUCAAAUGCUGGUCCUCAUCAGUAGUUCUUCACCAGGAAAACUUGUGUCAUAUUCUUUUGCACAUUCUAUUACACAAUGCAGCCAUCAUGUAUUAUACAUCCUCAAUUUGAGGAGAGUUGUAUUAAACCUAUUCAUCUGCAUGUAAUCUUAAGAUUGUAAUGUAUUUAGCAAUUAUGAUUCAUUCCAAAAAAAUGUACUGUAACUACUUGUGCAUUGUCAUACGCAGCAAAAUUUAGAAUUUUAAAACUCUUCACUCUUCUUUAGUUGCUAGGAAUUUAUCAGUAUCCUUGAAACUACGGUACACAGGUGGCUUAAAAUAUAUAAGUAGUUUAGUUACAAUUCUAUGUUAAGGCCCUGUUUAUCUAUUUUCUGAGCAGAGUAGUUGAUAAAAUGUUUGUGUUCUUUAAACAGGCAAAAUGUUUCAAGCCAAUAUAGUUCUACUUUUAGUCAAAGUUCAGCUUUAUUCAAGCCAAUCAGAAAUAUGGUAUCAUCAAAAUUACAAUUUGUUUAUUUAAAAAAAAUAUUUGUAUCAUAAUAUUCUACCUGUAAAAGAAUAUGUUCCACUUCAGCUAAUUCUAUUAAUAUUGCUACUCUAUUUUAUUCUGAUUCUUACAAUAUUAUGUUUGUAGUGAAUCUUCCUUUGACCAAGAGGCAUUUUUUAAAUUCAUAACUUACUUCAAUCAUAAUCAACAUUGAGAGAUUGCACAGAUCUCUUUUUUUGGAGUCAGUCUUUUAGAUUUAAGUUUCUAGACUAUUAUUAAUUCUAAAAGGCUUUUGUUACUUGCUUUAAUGUUCUCAUUAUAUACUAUUAAAUGUGGGGAAUGUGAGUGAGUGAUCAAGUGAAACUUAUUAUAUCAGUCCUGUUGAUAUCUAUUAUUUAAACUGCGAAGUAAGGCCUAUGCAUUAAAUUAUUCUUGUAUUCUGAAACUGUUUUGUUUGUUUUCAACAGAGUACUCUUUAUUAUUUAGUUGUCCCUCAGCUUUCUUUACUUGUGUUGUUUCCAUUCUUAAAGGAAGGAAUUUUAUUUUCCAGAUUUAACUAACCUCUCUUUUAAAAUUUCUUGACAUGUUUAUUUCUGAUUGACCUGCUUACAUAUUUAUAUUUUUUUUA